AUGCACAUCAUCAUGGAACAUAGUCACCGCAAGGGGCAUGGCAUGCCUCGUCCAAGGGGUCCUAGACCCAACCCUGCUCCAGGUCUGAUGGGUCCAAGGCCUGGGAGUGGCCCGAGAGGUCCCCGUCCAAUAGUGUUCAGGCCUCCGAGACCAGACAUGUCUGCUCCCCCUCCACAGUCACAGCCUCCUCCUCCACUGACUAACGUCUUUUCCCAUAUGUCUGGGAGAAUUUGGGGUGCCCUUGGUCUACACUUUGGGGAGUAUGCAGGGCCAACUAUAUUUAGAGAAAAGGUCUUUCUGCCUGUAAACAUUGGACUCAACCCAACUGAAGUGCGAGCACGCCUGUUGGGGGAGAGUGGAAUGAAUCUGCGUUACAUUCAGGAAGAGACUGGGGUUGCCAUAUCAAUUCGUGGCAUCGGUUCUGGCUACCUAGAACAUGCAACUGGCCAGGAAGCACAGGAUUCUUUGCACUUUUACCUAGAACAUGACAACCAAGAACAGUUUAACCAGGCAAAAGAGCUACAAUUACAGCAGCCAGCUCCAUUGUUUACUCAGCCUCCUCCUCAGCAACCGGAUCUGGCUUUAGGUGGAGGUGGUGCUAUUGGCCAACCCCACAUUGGGCCUGUGCAAGUUGCUCCACACCAGCUCUCAGCCCCACAGCCACCACCCCCACAGAUGGUACAUUCCCAGAUGGUGCCUCCACAAGUCCCUCCCCAUUCUCAGAUGGUUCCCCCACAUGUGGGCCACCAUCAGAUUGCUCCAGCAGGGGUUCCCAUGCAGGGCCAGGUAGGGGGUCCUCAAGUGAGUGCAGGUGUGAUGCACACAGUGCUGGCCCCUCACCUCCAGGCGGGAGGUGGAGUUGUCUCUCAAGAAGUAAUUCCACAGCAGGAGGUUAUUCAGGCCACAGUGGUGUCCUUGCCACAACAGGUGGUCCACCUCACAGCACCACCAGUUGUCUCUAGUACGGCACCAGUGGCAAACCAACAGUUGGUGCAUACAUCCUCAGGCACACAACUGGUGACCUUACCUCCAGGGACGCAGAUUAUCAAUACAUCAGAUGGGCCACGUCUAGUGGCGAUAGCAACGGGAACACAAGUUGCUGCACCAGUGGCUCCUGUUCCUGCCAGUCACCAGUCCCACCCAGGUCCUCUGCAUGACCCCCAAGGAGUGCCCAGUCCUUUGGUGCAGCAGCAGCAGCCAGCCCCCCAAACACUGCCUGCUUCAGUUGGAACCAAUCAUGUUGCCAUUAAUCAUUCCCCAAUUUUGAGUGAUGGCGGUGCCCCACCAAGUAUAACAAGAUCUUUGGGACUGAGCAGUUCAUAUUCAUCACCUUCAAUUUCAAACACUAUAAGCACUACAAGUCCUCACACUAGUGUGGCUCCUCAUGGCAGUCUUGAAAGUCCUUAUCCUCCUAAUGUCAGUGCUUCAAUUCCUCCUCCUAGUACCUGUAUGGCACUUGGAGUGCCACCUCCAGCAGCUGGGAUAGGAAUGCCUCCCACUGUGACUGCUAAUGCCAGUACUGUGUCUCUUGUGCUCACACCUGGGGUGAAUACAACAACCACCUCAGGAGUUGGUCUUCUUGUUCCUCAGGAUCCAUCAGUUGCCUCUGGUCAGUUGCAUGUCAACCAAUCAGUAGUUGUGGCUGGAGUUCUACCAACCUCUUUACCUCCCCCUGCAACCUACUAUAACCAACCUAACCACCCAGAGUCGAGACCUGUAUCACUGGAGCAACAGUGGCAACAGUUCCAGCAACAGGUGAAGGUUGAAGGAGGGCAGCAGCAGUAUGACCCCUACUCGGCUACUGAAGAAGGGGAUCAUCAGGACAGUACUAGGCAGCAGCAGCAGCAGGCAUCACAUUCAAAUCUAUCAAGUGUACAACAACAACCUACUUCACAAGCUCAACCACAGCAAUCUUCACAGCUGCCUCUACAGCAACCACAACAACAUUUUAAUAAUUUUGGUGAUCAGCAACAGCAGCAACAGUCUGGGAAUAGGGAGAAUGAUAGUAGAGGUCCAAGCAAAGAAGAAGGCAAGUCAUCUGAGAGAGAAAGUCCUCAAAAUUCUUAUGCAUAUUAUUAUGGAAGUCAGCAAGGCCAUGGUGGUCAGACUCAGCGUGCUGGUCCUCCAUCUCCUGAAAGACAAGAACACCCAGGGCAGCAGCCUCCUUCUGAUCAAAGAUAUCAAGGUAAUGGACAGACAGAUGCUGCACAAACUUCGCCAAGUCAGCAGCAACGGGGGUCUCCUCUAGGACAUAACACACAGGGACCAGCUCAGCCAGGGCAGCCUCAGCAGCCAUACCACCAAGGACAGUAUCAAGGAGGGCAGUUUGCAGUGGCUGUUCAGCAGACAGAUCAGAAGCACCAGGAAGGGGGAACCCAAGAAGAACAAUAUCAAGCAAAUAAACCAGAAAUUCCUUCUUCCACAUACCAGCAAGUGGCCCAUCAACCAGGGCAGUUUCCUCAAGGUCCAGCAAAGGAAGGCUUAGCUAUAAUUGGUGGAUCCUCGGAAACACAUUUUCCCCAGGGGACGCCACAUCAUGGGCCUCCCCAGCAAGGAUCUGCAUCACAAGGGCCUCCCCAACAAAUACCACCUCAGCAGGGGGCUCCAGCAGAAGCACAGUAUCAACCAGGACCUCCACCAUUACAGCAGCAACAGCAGAGUCAGCAAUAUCAGCCAGGACAGUAUACCCCAGCUGGUCAAUACCCUUGGGCACAAUAUCCACAGCCUACAAGUGGUCCUGGGCCAUAUCCAGGAGGUCCUGGUACCUUUGGGAGCAGUCCUGGACCUGGGCCAUACCCAAGUGGACCAGGACCUUACAAUGGACCUGGCGGGCCAAGCACAGGUGUUCCCUACACUACAGCAGGACCAGCUGGCUCCAGCCCAUAUCCAGGAGCAAGCAAUGGACCAGGAGGACCAAGUCCAUAUCCUGUAGGACCUAGUGCAGCUGGAGGACCCACACCCUAUGCUGUUGGACCUGGACCAGGACCUAGUGAGGAUAGGCAACCCAUGUUGCAAGACCCAAAAGCAGACCCAGGGGUGGCCAGGGAUGUGACUGCAUCCCUGCUGAUGCCUCCACCACCCCCUCCCCCUCUGGCCGAGUCCCUGCAGGGUGCUGGGGGAACAACCGAGGGAGAGAGGAGAACCCAGACCACGGCCUCAAGAGACAAAGAUCAUGUAGCCCGCAAGAUGAGAGAAAGUCAGCCAGGAGGUCCAGCAGCGAUUCGGAUGACUCAUCAGUUCGAGAAAGCAGUGGUCCAGGCAGACCAAAUGGUCCCGAGGGACCUCCAGAUGGCCCUGGAGGUCCUUUUGCUGGCCCUGGAAACUUCCAAGGAAGUCAAGGAGGCAACUUUCCAGGUGCAGGAGCGAAUUUUGCUGGGGGACCUGGAGGAUUUCCAGGCGGCCCUGGCUCGUAUAUGGGACCAAGUGGACCUUGGGGCUGGGGACCAAUGCCUGGACCCUACUCAGGAAUGCCCAUGGGUCCUAACCCCUUCAAUGGGCCACCUGGAAAUCCCAUGGGUAAUCCCCAGGCGCCCUACAACAGGAACAUGCGUGAGAGACCUGAUGGAGAUGAGGGCAACAGCAUGGGUGGAAGCCGUAGGGGCGGGCGAGGUGGCGGCAGCAGAGGGGGAUUCAGCCUCGGUGGGCGUGGGGGCAGGGACAGACGAUGGUAAAACCAUAAUAAUCAUUUACAGUCCUUUGUAUGUACUUGUACAGAGAGCCACUUUGUCCAUGGUUGAGCUGUGAAAACAUAAGGCGUGAAUGUAUUUAUUUGAUCGUGCUAGGGUGAGUAGUUGUGAUUUAAUAUUCGAGAUCUAUCCUGACAUGUGAUUUCUUUGUGAUUUAAAGAAUUACAGUACUGUAUAGAAAGGAAGUUACAAUGGUAAUAUUGGCAAGAACUUCCUGAUUAUAAAACCUGAUGUAAAGCUAUUUCUUCAGAAUGGCUGCCUUAGAACAAAAGAAAAUAUGAGUAAGGAAGAUGUAUUAAAUCUUUCAUACUGUAUGUAAGAGUUAAGGAGAAUUGAUGAAGGUAUUUAUCUACUGAAGAAUGUUGUCUGUUAUUUGAUACCUGAAGCAUGUGUGUAUAUAUAUGACCCUAGAAAAUGUGAGGAUGAUUGCUCAAAUAUCAUAGUGAAGAUCUUCCAUACAGUAUGCAUAAAAUGUAUCUUGCUCAUAUUACAUCAGAAUUUAUGUAUAUAACAAAUUGCAGCAUCUUCAUUUACGCUGUAUAUAAUACACCAGGUGUUCUGAGUGUCACAGAACUUCAUAUUGAAUUUCUUUAUUUUUUCUGCUCAAUUUUUAAUUGAGUAGCCUACCAAAUAUUAUUGUUAUUAUUUGUAAAUUGUGUACGACUUCAAAACCUUAGGAAUAAAACAAGAAAUUAU